ACGUCGAGCGUGACCAUAGUUACACUUUGUCCCUUACUCAUGGCUAGCUCGACGUCGUGCGUGAACGAGGCUACUAGGUCCAUUGUGGAUCGUUUUGGCAGCGCCCCGCCGUGCUGGGGGCUGAGCAGGUUGUGUGCCAUGGCGGCGGUAGCGAUGCCUUUGCCUAGGCAGGAGAGUAGUGCGAUUGGUCUCAUAGAACGGACUGAGGUGUGGUCCUUCUUUCCCGCUUUGGGGAUCAUGGCAACCUCCGCGGUUCGCCAGCAUUCUGGAAAGCAAGCGAGUUCCAGGCAUUUUUGGUAG